AUGCUCUCACGUCGUGCUUGUGCAAACGUACGCGCCAGGCUCACUCCGCCACUCGUUACCAGUGUCCACGCGCGAGCUUUUGGUGCUGGGAGUGCGACACAGAGCCCGACACGAGCUCCCACACUCGCCGACAUUACGCCUGACGGUGCGGCAAGUUUCAAUGAGAAACAGAAGAAGUUCCGCGAUGGCCUGGUGGCAGCCCAGAAGCGAAAGGAGCAAGAAGAGAGAGAGGCGCGCGCCCGUGAGCACGAAAAUGGCAAAAAGAAGGGCGGUGCACUCUCGUCGCUCAUCUAUGGCACGCCCGAAGGCCGCGAGCUCGACAAGGACAUUGAGCGCAGCUUCUCCCAGGUCCUAGCCCGCGGCAAGUACGUCCACUCGAUUGUCUUCCACGAGGUCAAGCCGGAGAAUGUCGAAGAGUACACCGAGCUGGUCGGGGGCUGGUACCCGAAGAUGGCCUCCAUUCCCGAGAACAAGGUCCAUCUCGUAGGUAGCUGGAGGACCGAAGUAGGCGACUGCAACACGUUUGUGCACAUCUGGGAGUACCAGCGCUACGAAGGAUACCACGAGUCGCGCCACAACAUCCAUUCCCACCCCGAGUUUCCUGCCUUUGACGCCAAACUUAAAAAGCUCAUCUCCAGCAAGCGCAAUUCUCUGAUGCAAGAGUUUUCCUUCUGGCCGACUACACCGCCGCGUCAUCUUGGUGGCAUCUUCGAACUGCGCUCGUAUACGCUGCAUCCGGGUAAUCUGCUCGAGUGGGAGACACACUGGAGACGCGGUCUAAAGGCCCGGCGAGAGGUCAUGGAAGGUGUCGGUGCUUGGUUCGUUCAGAUUGGCGACCUCAACACAGUACAUCACCUCUGGCAGUUUGCCAAUCUAGAGGAACGCAAGAUACGUCGCGAACAGAGCUGGAGCGUCGAAGGGUGGGGUGAAACAGUGCACAAGACGGUGCCGCUCAUCCAGACCAUGAAGAGCCGGAUUCUUAUUCCAUGCUCUUGGAGUCCUGUCGCUUGAUCCACAGUUGACAAAGGCCAAACAUGGCUUGUAUCUUACUGCUUCACUGGGCAAAAGUAGGUUGCUUGCGUAGACAGGUCAGGCUUGUGGCUAAGCAAACUAGAGGGUCACCCUUGGCCAUGCUCUAAGAGGGCGGGGUUUGCUUGGCCCAUGGACCGGCGGCAGUGCUAUUCCACUGCGCAAGUGCGGGGUUGCGUCACACCUGGGCAUCACAUUGCAAUGCGAUGAUACGGUGGAAUGUACAUAUAUAAGUAUAAAACACUUUUAGGUCACC